ACAACAACAAUAGCUUCUUCUGCUUAUUCCUUUUUCUCCUUCCCAACAGUGAAAUUUCAAUUCAUUUCAAAAUAAACCUCAAAAAAAGAAAGAAAAGAAAAAAAGAUAAAGCAAAAUGCUAGGGUUAGGGUGCUUAAAUUUUAAUCGAUUAUCUCACUUUCACUCUCCACCAUCUCUACAACCAUCACGUUCUGAUUUACUCAAAGUUGCAUCUAGAAGAUUCGCUUUAGCAGUUAACAAAACACAAUCGCCAUUGACUAAAACUCAAUCUCCUCCAACCUUAUCCAUUGAUAUUGAUAAUCCUGCUAGUGUAAAAAGACAGUUAGCACAACUGUUUGAUGUUUCUCUAAAGACAACUGUGACUGAUGAAGAUGUUGUGCCCUUAGUCGAUGCUUGCACCGCCAAAUCUGGUGGUGUAAAAUUUGGUGAUUAUCAAUGUAAUAACGCAAUGGGUAUAUGGUCUAAGGUAAAAGGGAAGGAGACUGGAUUUAGAGGUCCCCCUUCUAUUGGACAGGCCAUCAUUAACAAUCUUCCUCCAUCUGAAAUGAUUGAUUCAUGCUCUCUAGCUGGUCCUGGAUUUGUUAAUGUUGUCUUGUCAAAGAAUUGGAUAGCGCAGGGUGUACAGAGGAUGCUAAUUGAUGGAAUUGAUACGUGGGCACCCCGACUUCCAAUCGAGAGGGCUAUGGUUGAUUUUUCAUCACCUAAUAUAGCAAAGGAAAUGCAUGUUGGUCACCUUAGAUCUACCAUAAUUGGGGACACAUUAGCUCGCAUGCUUGAAUUUACACGUGUGAAACAUAUUACCCGCCGAAAUCAUGUCGGUGACUGGGGAACGCAGUUUGGGAUGCUGAUUGCAUACCUCUUUGAAAAAUUUCCAAACCAAGAUGAUGUUAGUGAAACAGCCAUUGGAGAUCUUCAGGCAUUUUAUAAGGCAUCAAAAUUGAGGUUUGAUGAUGAUCCCGAAUUCAAGCUGAGGGCACAACAGGCAGUGAUCCUGCUCCAGAGUGGGGAUACCAGGUAUCGCAAGGCAUGGCAACAGAUCUGUGAUGUUAGUAGGGCUGAGUUCGACAAGGUCUAUCAACGUCUUGGAGUUCAAUUGGAGGAAAUGGGAGAGAGCUUCUAUAAUCCAUAUAUCCCUGGGGUUAUUGAGAAGCUAGAUAAGUUAGGACUGAUUGAAGACAGUGAUGGUGCUCGUGUGAUAUAUGUUGAGGGUGUAAAUAUACCUCUUAUUGCUGUAAAAAGAGAUGGCGGCUACAAUUAUUUUUCAACUGAUCUAGCAUCACUUUGGUAUCGUCUAAAUGAAGAAAAACUGGAGUGGAUUGUAUAUGUUACAGAUAUUGGGCAACAGCAACACUUUGAUAUGCUAUUUAAGGCCUUCAGACGUGCAGGUUGGUUGCCACGAAAUGAGAAUGCGUAUCCAAAAUGUACCCAUAUAGGUUUUGGUCUUGUUCUUGGGGAUGAUGGAAAACGAUUUCGUAGUCGAAGCAGUGAGGUUGUUCGUUUGGUUGAUUUGCUUGACGAAGCUAAAAGGCGCUGUAAAACUGCCCUUCUUGAACGUGAAACAACUAAUGAUUGGUCUGAGGAGGAGAUUGAGAAAACAUCAGAGGCAAUUGGUUAUGGGGCUGUUAAGUAUGCUGACUUGAAGAUCAACAGAUUAACGAAUUACACGUUCAAUUUUGAUCAGAUGCUUAGUGAUAAGGGAAAUACUGCUGUUUAUUUGCUCUAUGCACAUGCUAGGAUUUGCUCUAUCAUCAGAAAAUCUGGCAAAGACAUAGAAGAAGUAAAGAAAAAUGGGUUUAUAGUUUUGGAUCAUGAAGAUGAGCGUUUAUUGGGGCUUCAUCUGCUACAAUUUCCUGAGGUUUUUGAGGAAGCAUGCAGCAAUUUAUUGCCUAGUGUGUUGUGUGAUUACCUUUAUACCUUGGCAGAAAUCUUUACAAAAAAGUUUUAUUCGAAUUGUCAGGUUGUAGGAUCGCCCGAGGAAAGUAGUAGACUUCUGCUAUGUGAAGCAACUGCAAUUGUGAUGAGAAAGUGCUUCUAUCUCCUUGGAAUUGAACCUGUUUACAAGUUAUAACCCAUCUAAAGGAGUUCAAAUGAUUUUUGUUUCAUAGGAUUUGUUGUUUUAUUGUUGUAUAAAAAAAGCUUCCAAAAUGAAACUUGUUCUGGCAAGUUAUCAUAUCCUUUUUGUUUUGUUUAUUGUAUUGGUAUGAGGUGAAAGAGGGAAAUUUGUAAUUUCUUAUAGCAAUGUUAUUUAUAUGGUUCAAAUUAAUUUCUUUGUUAUAAAGAGCU